AUGAUAUUAAGAUUUCUAGGCAAAUGGUACGAGAUAGAACGAUUCCCAGCGUGGUAUGAGGAAUAUGGAUCAUGCGCUUUCAAGACCAUUGACUGGUGUGGAAAUUGGAUUGAAAUAGAACAUGGAUUUAUUAGAAAUGAAAUACAGUAUAUUCUGCACGUUAAUAGCACCUACACUCAUGGUGAUGAAGCUGUUUUUGAAAUAAAGAAAAACAAUAUCGAUCCAUUUGGAAUUCCGCUAUCUGUAACAUUCACCGACUACGAUAAUUAUGCAAUUGUAUACGGCUGCAAAAGCGUCGUUUUACAAGGCAUGAAAUACAUUUCAGCUUGGAUAUUGUCAAGAAACACAACUCUACCAUCGGAAAUGUUGGACAAGGCAAAAACGGAAUUGAAUUCUUUACCUUACGCUAGCAUUGCAUAUUUGAAAACAGUAUCUCAGGAUACACAAGAAUGUAACUUUUAUUGGACAGCACAUGUACACGCUGAAGAUACAGCUAGACAAUAAGAAUAUAUUUAAUAAA